CAGGUGAUCGCGCACAGUCAGUACCAGAAGUCCCAGCGAAUCUCCAUCUUCCUGAGCAUGCAGGACGAAAUCGAGACCGACGAGAUCAUCAAGGACAUCUUCCGCCGCGGCAAGACCUGCUUCAUCCCCCGGUACCGGUUCCAGAGCAGCCACAUGGACAUGGUGAGGUUGGCAUCGCCCGAGGAGAUUGCUGUGCUUCCCAAAACGUCCUGGAAUAUUCAUCAGCCCGGUGAGGACGAGGCUCGGGAGGAGGCCUUGUCGACAGGUGAGCACGCGGUACCAGGAUUGACAUGCUAGGUGCUGGGAGACUGUGAUGAGUUCUUAGACCUCUGAGCCGCGGGUGAUGUUUGGGUCUUCGGGGGUCGCUUUCCCUGUCGGGACAAAUUUGUGUUCUACUUGUAUCCCACGACACCCACAUUGCCUGACUUGGGGUGCCCUCUGUAAGCCGUGAGAGUCAGCUAUAAUAAUAAGCUAGUA